AUGAGAAAAAAGUGGAUAUUGGAAGAUUUUCAUUUUAUCUUUUUUGGUGUGCUCUGUCUCCUUUUCAUAGAUGGAGGUAAACUAGAACAAGUAAAACAUUCAGAGACGUACUGUGUGUUUCAAGACAAGAAGUAUCGUGCAGGAGAAAGGUGGCAUCCUUACCUGGAACCCUACGGCCUGGUGUACUGUGUGAACUGCCUGUGUGCAGAGAAUGGAAACGUGUUGUGCAGCAGAAUAAGAUGCCCAAGUCUACACUGUCCUUCCCCUGUGCACGUACCACAGCUGUGCUGCCCACGAUGCCCAGAAGACUCCCUCUUCUCAGUCAGCAGCAAGAUCACCGGGAAGUCCUGUGAAUACAAUGGCACCACCUACCAUCACGGUGAAAUGUUUGUGGCAGAGGGGCUUUUCCAAAACAGGCAAGCAAACCAGUGUGCCCAGUGCAGCUGCUCAGAAGGAAAUGUGUACUGUGGGUUGAAGACUUGUCCCAAAUUAACUUGCUCUUUCCCAGUUUCUGUUCCGGAGUCCUGCUGUCCAGUUUGCAGAGGAGAUGGAGAAUUGUCAUGGGAACAUUCUGAUGGAGACAUUUUCCGGCAGCCAGCCAACAGGGAAGCUAGGCACUCAUACCAUCGCUCCCACUACGAGCUGUCGCCCAGCUCUGCGAGGCAGGUGGUCAACAUCCCACGAUUUCCCAGUGCCAGGAGUAACCGUGGGGUGCUGCCAGAUCCCCAGCAAGCUUCAGGAACCAUCGUACAGAUCGUCAUCAACAACAAGCACAAGCACGGACGAGUUUGUGUUUCAAAUGGCAGAACAUACUCUCAUGGUGAAUCUUGGCAUCCUAACCUCCGGGCCUUCGGAAUCGUCGAGUGUGUGUUGUGCACCUGCAACAUCACCAAACAAGAAUGUAAGAAAAUUCACUGUCCGGAACAAUAUCCCUGCAAAUACCCUCAGAAAGUAGAAGGAAAAUGCUGUAAAGUCUGUCCAGGUAAAACAAAAGAAGAAGUGCCAAGUCAAACCUUUGACAACAAAGAUUACUUCUGUGGGAAAGAGACGUUUCCUGUCUAUGAAUCCGUCUUCACGGAGGAAGGAGAAACCAUCAGAAAAAUUGCAGCAGAGAUUGAAAAGCCACCUCAGAUAGAAAUACAUGUGUGGACAAUUAGGAAAGGGAUUCUGCGUCACUUCUAUGUUGAAAAAAUGUCCAAGAGAGAAUUUGAGGAACUUCCUUACUUCAAGCAGAUAACAAGGACAACUCUUAGCCAGUGGAAAAUAUUUAGCGAGGGAGAAGCUCAGAUCAGCCAAAUGUGUGAAAGCAGAGUGUGCAGGACUGAGCUCGAGGAUUUGGUAAAGGUUUUGUACCUUGAAAAGUCUGAAAAGGGUCACUGUUAAGGGAGACAGCACUGGAGGGAGAAACACAAGAAAACUUGUGAAAACUUGGAUCUGCAGCUGGACUGCAGGCUUAUUUUGCUUAAGUCAACAGUUGCCCUAAAAACCAAAACUAUAAUGCAGUAAUUAUUCACAUCAUGCACAGCAUAUUUGCUGCUUUAUGUGUAGUGGUCUGUGUCAACCAUUCAAAUAUCUCCUCCAAAAGACUACGAGGCUCUGUAUUGCUGGAGGGGGAAGGAGAAAGAGAGACUGUACUUUCCCAGAAUUGCAUUUCUUCACAAGUUAAAAAGAGAAAACGGAACAAUUUUUUAAAAUUAUUAUUAUUAUUAUUUGGCAAGUUAUCCAAACUAAUGAAAAGAAGGGCACCUAAUAAAUGUGGAGGAGCUAUAGAGAGCAUUAUUACCUGUGCUGAAUUGAUACCAUUUCUGGUGUUGAAAUGACUCAUGGAUUUUUUCAGUAGUGGAGGAAAAAUACAAGCGAUACAAUACUUGUGUUGGAGACAUAAAAAACAGAUUUAAACUAACAAACUCCUAAAGCAGCCUUCCUUUGGGGUGAUGUCUUGUAGUUGAGCAAACUGAGUCCAUAAACUGAACAGCAGGUGUUAGUGGCAAUCAUGAUAUUUUUGUAGCAAUUUGAGCAAAUGUUCACUUUUAAGUGGUUUUCACUGUUUCCUCCACCCACUUCUCUAAAAAAUGUGAAGUGUUAGCUCCCUAUCACAGCUCUAAUAACAUCAUUCU